AUGACAUCCUCGCAAGUCCAGAAGUCGGUCAUCGUUACCGGAGGCGCGAGUGGCAUCGGCCUCGCGAUGACCCGGUAUUUCGCAUCUCAAGGUCAUAGAGUUUCCGUUUUCGACAUCAACGACAAAACAGGGCCCGGCAUCGUCGCCGAAGUCGCCGCCGAACACCCCAAGGCCGCAUUGUCCUUCAAGAGGUGUGACGUCUCAUCCUGGGAUGAGCAGGCCGCCGUCUUCAAGCAGGUGUACCAAGAACACGGUCGGAUUGAUGUUGUCAUGGCCAACGCCGGCAUCUCGGAGCAAGGCCAGAGCAGCAUCGCGAAAGUAGAGGACGAUGAGCCCGUUAAGCCGGCCACAAAGUCCAUUGAAGUGAACUUCCUCGGCGUCAUCUACUCUGUAAAACUGGCCCUCCACUACAUGCACAAGAACAAGGACGACGGUUCGCCUUCCAGAGGGUUGGUGAUCGCGACUGCAUCGAAUGCGGGCGUGUACCCCUUCCCGAUUGCCCCGCUGUAUGCUGCCUCCAAGGCGGGCGUCAUCAACCUUGUUCGGUCGCUGGGACCUGUUUUGGAAAAGUCAAAGAUUCAAAUAAAUGCUCUCGCGCCAGCUGUGCUUGAAACAAACAUUGCGCCGAGCCCUGAUUUAUUCAAACCCAUGAUCAUUACACCAAUGUCGACUCUAACUAAGGGUGUUGCCCAGUUUGUCGAGGAUCCUUCCCGAACUGGGCAAGUCGUCGAGAUUCAUGGGGAGAGUGUAACGCUCAGACAGCCUCCGGAGUUUGUUGAUGAAGAUAGCCGGAAGAACCUUGAAACAUUUUGGAAUCUGGGGUAUGCAUAG